GUGUACAAGGUGCUCAAGCAGGUGCACCCCGACACCGGCAUCUCGUCCAAGGCCAUGGGCAUCAUGAACUCGUUCGUGAACGACAUCUUCGAGCGCAUCGCGGGGGAGGCCUCGCGCCUGGCGCACUACAACAAGCGCUCCACCAUCACGUCCCGGGAGAUCCAGACGGCUGUGCGCCUGCUGCUGCCCGGGGAGCUGGCCAAGCACGCCGUGUCCGAGGGCACCAAGGCCGUCACCAAGUACACCAGCUCCAAGUGAAUUUGUCUGACUGCCCACAUCUCAAAGGCUCUUUUCAGAGCCAACCACGGUUUCCAAAAAGACUGCACUUUGAUACUUCUGGAGUAGCAGGCCAGAGGUGCUUUUCAUCCGAAGCAUUUAAUUGAAAAGGCACAUCAAGUGUGAUUUUUCUGCUUUUCGAACUCUUACGUUGAUAUUCAAAGUGUUCAUUUCGCUUAACAUCA